UCACACCCUCUCUCCUCUACCAGAACGCAUCCUCCCUCCCCCUCUCCCAGAAGCAAAAGAUUUCUGCGCAGACGCAGGGCACUGUACCGAUCGUCUGACCCGCCCUCCCCUCCCUUCCCCUCCUCCCAUCGAUCGCUCCUGCUCUGCUUUUCUCCGCUGCGCAGCACAACCACCGCCGCCGCCUUGACCGUCUCGAAGCGACCCCUCCUCCAAGGCGGCCAAGACCACCACCCGCUCCUCCUCCGCCUCGCGAAUGCCGCCUGCUUGCUCGGGUGCUCUCUCGCGCGUGAGCGGCUAGGGCGAGCGAGGCCAAGAGGGGGCAGAUAGGUGGCCCCGGCCGUGCGGCGGCGACAUGGGGGAGACGGAUUUGGAGGACGUGGUGCUCUCCUGGUCGGUCCAGGAGAUCAACGACGACCACCUCUACAGGGGCAAGGUACACCCGCGCCAUCCACUCCAUCCAUUCAGAGGUUAUCGCUGCUAGUUACUACUACUUCCGGAUGAUGAUUUCUGCAGCGGGCGCGCGGUUUUGCAAGCGUCACCUUUUUUUCUUUUGAAUCUGCGCGUACUCCGGACUCCGGAUGAUGAUUGUUUUGUUCUCCAUCCAUUCAGAGGUUACCAUGGCUGGAUCAGCUUUUACGAUGGACAAGCUAGCUUAGGAACUCGACAAAAGAAAUGGGGGCCAAUGGAUCGAUGGGUCGGAUGCGAGUACCUGCAUCGGCCGCGACAGAUCUGUACGGCACUGGUCGGUGGCGCGUAGGGCCUUGACGGCGACGGGGCAUGCCGGCGACGUCUCGCCUUAGUCCUUCCCCUCGGCGACCCGCUCCACAUCCCGCAGCUUAGGAGGGGAACACGGGCGGCGGGGACAUUUAGCCGCCGACCACAGCCGCCUAGGAAACCGGGGAGGGGCGGCGCCCGCGGUGCUGGCUCCUCCGAGUACGGCGGGGCGCCAAACCAUACCGUCCGCAAAUACUGCGCGGAGGGUACUCACGGCGACCGGGGUUCGCCGUCGUCCUGUCGCCAUAGCGCCGCCAUCGGUCGCCCUUUUCCUUUCACCUUUCAUUCGGUUCUGUGCGUGGGCCGUCAGACUGCGGGCGAGGAAGGGCGACGAUGGCUAUUGAAAAAACAAAUGAUCACGUUAAAUUCCACUAAUGCCCUUCACUUGUUUUUCGGGGGAACCAGCCCGCGUUUUCGUUAAACAGUGAACUACCGAAACUACCCCUGAUCGCAAAAUAUACUACCAGAAAUCUGGAGUAGUAUUUCCAUAUCUGGGCCAUCCAUACAGAAAAAUGAACGGCCAAAAUUCAUCUGAUGCACCGUAAAAUGUCUCAAAAUCUAACCGUUAGAUUGAGAGAAAUGAACGGCCUAUAUAAAUUUAUGGGUACAGUAAAAGAGCUCGCUGCACGAAGUCCGUGUUGGUCAAUAUGCUGGAGUGCCGUACCAGCAAGUUUUACCUUGACACCUGCCUGGCAUCUAAUUCGAGCCCAGAUGAUGAUCUUGAUCGUAUGGCACACUCAUCAGGGCGUUUCAUAUUUGAUACAAUUAUGACUAUGUUGACAAACAAGGAUAUGCUAUGGGAGUGGGUACAGAAGACGUCAACGACUCCUAGUUCAUACUCCGAGGUCCUCCUGAGACUAGUGGUCACACUUUAUACACUGAUCCUAACUCAGGGUCUUGUGUUCAAAAGAAUAACUAAUGAUCUGCGGAAUUGCUAUGAACUCACAAAUACUCUUCAGCGGUGCGGAAUCUUUGAGCAUUUGCCUUUGGAGUUCUCUGAGAAGAUGGUGCAUGUUUUGCAAAUAAGGCCUCGCACGCCGAGCAACUUCACAAGAGUGCUUGCUGAUGCACUGGAUGCAGUCGGAGAUCCUAUGGUAGUUAUGAUAAUGGCUCUUCUUCGUCCUGGGGAGCCAAGUUGUGUAAAGCAAGAGGCUGCACUGCCAGAAAAAUUUGAUGUUAACAAAAACGUUCCCAAAGCUGUACAAGAUAAUAAGGCGGAGAGUAGAGGUGAAAUAGAUUUAAGUGAUGAGAAUACCCCCUUCUGGGAUAAGUUUGAGACGUUUCAAGUCAACAAGCAAGGGCAGAAAGAUGCAAGGUUCAUUGUUCAAUUCCUUAGGAGUGCCCUCUCACGGCUGGAGCAAACAGGAUUCCAAGAAAAGAUUGAUGCACAAUUGUUGGAAGAGUUCAGGCACAUAUGCAGCGAGUUUGAAGAACGUUCUGCCAGCCCUGAUCGCCCUGGAUGGUCCCCAAAUAUUCACCAUUUGCGGAGGACGGCGAAGACAGCUUGUUUGACUCUAGAGGAUCUAUACUCAAUGUGGCAAGAUGGUGAGAAGAAACUGCGGACGAUCGUCAGCUUGCUGUGUUCCGAAAGGGCGUCCAUGAAAGACGAUGGCAGGAGCAGCGAUGCCGACGCCCACGUGUGUUCAGACGAUGAGCCUGGCGCAGGAGAACCGGCCUCGGCUUCAGCGAAGGUGGCGCAGAAGCAGAGGAGAAAGAAGAAAUCCAAGAAAACCAAAGGCCGCGGCAAGAAGUGAGCCGCUGUGGUUUUCCACCUGCAGAACGUUUGCGGGCUGCGUUCCAGGAACUUGUUAGUGUGCUGUCACUGUAAUGUGUAAAACCAAUGACUGGCGGACGAUUUGUUUGCUUGGUAUGCUUUGCUUGCCUUGGUGCUGCUACUGACUGCGCGUUUCGUUUCUCCUGGGAAUUAAGGAUCAGAUGGCUCUGACCUCAAGU